AUGGCACAAACCAAUUCACACCUCACCCUCCUCUCAGACCUAACACCCCCCUCCCUCGAACGAACCUGGCUCACAUCCCCACAUCCCACCCUGCCCAUCGUCGCAACCUGCAGCUCCGACAAAACAGUCCGAAUCUACUCCCUCACAAACUUCAAGCUCCUCUCCACAAUAACCGGCGGCCACAAACGCAGCGUCCGCACUGCAGCCUGGAAACCACACAUAUCCGGCGAAAGCGUUCUUGCCACAGGCUCCUUCGACGCGACAGUCGGUAUCUGGAGACGAUGGGAUAAUUACGGCGCCACAAACACCACCGAAGAAAACCACACCAACCUUACCGAAGGCGCAGACGACGCCGACACCGAAGACGAAGAAUGGCGCUUCGCCGUCCUCCUAGACGGCCACGAUUCCGAAGUAAAAUCCGUCUCCUGGUCUCCGUCAGGAAUGCUCCUCGCAACAUGUGCAAGGGACAAAUCAAUCUGGAUCUGGGAAGAUCUCGAUGACGGCGACAACAAUUUCGAAACCGUCGCCGUGAUGCAGGAACAUGGUGGUGAUGUGAAAUGUGUCUCUUGGCACCCUGUUGAAGAGUGUCUUGCGUCUGCGGGAUACGAUGAUACGAUUCGACUUUGGAGGGAGGAUCUUGAUGAUUGGGGUCAGGUUGCUUGUAUCAAGGGUCAUGCGGGUACGGUUUGGUUUUUGGAUUGGGAGGGUGUUGAUACCACGCCUGCGUCAGCAGCAGGAGCAGUUUCUGCGGACCUGCAACGCCAAUGGUGUGAACAAGUUUCCCUCUCCGGUCCAAGACUAGUAUCCUGCUCCGACGACCGCACAGCACGAAUUUGGCGCCGUGUUCCGAAAGAAAGUGUCAGCGGCACGGCGCUGUCUUCAGCCGCGACGGGAAUUCCGAGUAUCAUUCGGCCGACGGGGACGGAUGAGAAUUGGGAGGAAGAUGCUUGCCUUCCUCAUGCGCAUGAGUUGGCUAUUUAUUCUGUUGCUUGGAGUCGGCGGACGGGACUUAUUGCGUCUGUUGGUGCUGAUGGGCGGAUCGUGCUUUAUGAAGAGCGAUUUGUGGAGGGUGGGCCCAGCACUGAUGCUGGUGCUGAUGCUGGUGCUGAUGCUGGUGCUGAUGCUAUGGAUACGACUGAUGACGCUGCCCCUGUUCAGUCUUCGUCUUUGCGAACAGAGUGGUCGAUUGUUGCGGUUGUGGAUGGGGCGCAUGGGAUUUAUGAGAUUAAUCAUGCGGCUUGGGCGAAGAGGGCGGAUCGGGGUUCUGAGAGUACUAGUACUAGUACCAGUCCCAAUGAGGAGGAAGUGCUCGUUACGACUGCGGAUGAUGGGAGUGUUAAGGUGUGGAGUUUCCAGCGGUAA